GCGACAAUCAUACCACUAGACCAAAUGUCCAAUUCAUUUCUCCUCUCACAAAUAACGUUUCACAUCCGUCAGUAGGUAAUCUACCCAAAAACCCCCAAAACCCUAGUGAAAUACAGAGAUCUCCCAGUUGUGGGUUUUUGCGUCAGAAAUUUGUCAAUGGCAAGAAGAACCCUUUUUCACUUAGUUCGAUCUCAAGCAAAUCUUCUAAAAUCCACCAAUUUUCAUUCAGGUGGUCAUCUGGCUAGUUAUGGAACUAGGUCACUUGUCAGUGGUACCAAAACUGACCUUAGUCGUGUGACACAUCCAGCUGCUUUCCAUAAAAGGUGGCUAUCACAGUCUGCAACAGCACAAGACGACAACAAGAUCAGCAUAGGGCCUCACAAAGGAGGAGAGGGAGGAAAUGAUGAAAAGGAGGGUGGAGUUGUCUACUAUGGUCCUAUCUCAAACACGAUAAAGAAUGUGAAGCUUCUGUCCCUUUCAACCUGUUGCCUCUCUGUGUCUUUAGGCCCUGUUAUAACCUUCAUGACAUCUACUGAUUCGAAUGUGAUACUAAAGGGAGCAGUUGCAUCUACCGUUAUAUUCUUCAGUGCUUCUACUACCGCUGCGCUUCACUGGUUUGUAAGUCCUUAUAUUCACAAACUGAGAUGGAAGCCAGGUUCAGAUUCUUUUGAAGUGGAAAUGAUGUCUUGGCUGGCAACUUUUAUGCCGAAGACGAUUAAGUUUGCAGAUAUCAAGCAUCCCGACACCAAUAGACCUUACGUAACAUUCAAGGCUAAUGGAAACUUCUAUUUUGUUGAUGCCGAGCAUUGUCCCAACAAGGCGCUACUGGCAAAACUCACCCCACAGAAACCUACUCAUGAGUCAGCUUUCAAGAACUUGUGAUGACAACUUCUUAUCUGUAAUAAAUUGAGAUUUUAAGAUAUUGUAUUGCUUUGCUCACUAGAAGUUUCAAUACUUGGAGUCUUGGAUAUAUAAGCCUCGGUGGUUGUCAAUUUUUUCAAUUAGUAUGGCAUUGGUGUUGCUAGCGU